AAGCUCAACCAUCAAAUAUUCUAAGUCUCCGCGAUGGAGACUCCAUCUUCAGAUGCAGAUAGCAACUCCACUGUUGAUGCCUCUCGGCCUUUUCACUCGGUCAAAGAGGCGGUUGCCAUUUUUGGGAAACGAGUUCAGUCUCCUUCUGCCUUUGGUAAGGUUAAACUAUCAUCUUCAUCUGAGUUUACACCAAACUCAGAAAACCCUCUUGGUAUUGCUAUUGAAAUUGGGACGCCGGAUUCAUACGAGUUUACACAAAGUCCUUGUAUACCUCCGAGCAUUAGUUCCAAACAAGUUGUAGACUCACCUGUGUAUGAACCUACACCAAGUCCUGAAAUUUCCAAAAAUGAUUCUUCUUCAAGUUUUCCUAGCACUUCUAGCAAAGAAAUUGAACCAAUACCAAGUCCUGAAAACCCGAAAAACACCAAGCAUGGUAAAAUAGUACAUGGGAAUGAUUUAGUGAUGAUGUUGAUGAUAUUAAAGAGACUAGAAAGUGAGUUGCAAGAAACAAAGAUGGAAGUGAAGUUGCUCAAGGAGAGAGAAUCCGAGACUGAGGUCGCCGUAGCUUCCUUGAAUGCAGAGUUCCACAAGAACAUGUCUAAGAUAUCCAAACCUGAGGCUGCUGAAGCAGGAAAAGCUACAGCCAGUUCUGCAGCAUCGGUUGAGGAAGGAAAUCAAGACACGGGAACGAGAGAUGAAGAAGGAAGAAAAUUUGAAGUGAUGGUGAAAAAUGUAGACUCACCAACAUUAGCUCAAAUAUUGAACAUUAGUGACUAUGAUUGCUAUUUUGGAGACAGAAAGAAGCUGAAGAAAAAGAUGAAGCCUGUAAUUCCUUUGGUUACAGAUAUAUUUGCAUGGAGGAAGAGAUCAACACCAACCAAAACUCUUUCUACUCGUUUAUAUUCUUGGAAGUGAUCAUUUCUUCUUCACUAAUCACUCCUCCCUCAUAUUUUAGCAUAUGUUUUUCCUCAUUUUCUGUGAUCAAGUUGUUAAUCAUUUGCCAACAUUUAGAAAAUGGAGGUAAACAAUAUUUUGUAAAUCUAAUUGGAUUUUUAUCAAAUACUAUGAGUGUAGGGGUUCAUUUUCAUAUCCCUAUCCCACGAAUCCUUAUCCUCGUAGGACGCCUUUUGAAAGACAUAUUGAAUAAGAGAAUUUAGGGUUUGAGUUG